AUGGUGGAGAAGGUCUACGUCACUUACAACGAUGUGCAUAAGCUAUGCCAGGAGGCAGCGCCCAAGAUAUUGGAAUCUUUCCAACCUCAACUUAUAAUCGCCAUAGGCGGUGGUGGCUAUGUGCCCGCGCGCAUCCUGCGCUCUUUCUUAAAGCAGCCUGGCAGCCCUAACAUUCCCAUCCAAGCUAUUGGUCUCUCUCUCUACGAACAACUGCCCGUCACGAACGCCUCAAAUGUGAACGAUGUCGUUCCAGACCAGAUCGGAACCAAGGUCACCCGCACACAAUGGCUGGACCUGAGCAGCCUCGGCGAGAUGCAAAACUUGGUGGGAAAGCGCAUCCUCAUCGUAGACGAGGUUGACGACACGCGGACAACGCUGGAAUACGCUGUCAAGGAGCUAGAGAAAGACGUCGAAGAGGCGCGUCAGAAGAUGGGUGCUGGCCCGGAAAAGACAAAGUUCAGCAUCUUUGUCUUACAUAACAAGGACAAGCCGAAGAAGGGCACAUUGCCCGCGGAUAUGAUAGACGAAUCGCGAUACCUAGCGGCCAGGACGAUCGGCGAUUUAUGGAUAUGUUAUCCAUGGGAAGCCAUAGAUAUCGAUGAGCACGACGAACUGGCGCGUAAGCAACGGACCAACGGGAAUGGUACCGCUUAG